AUGAGUUCAGCUGUUAAAAGAAAUCCUACUGAUUUUUUAAAGUAAAUCAUGGGUCGUUUAGUUAGUGUAAAAUUACAUAAUGGAACAGAAUAUGUAGGAGUUUUAGCUACUUUUGAUGGUUUAAUGAAUGUUGUGCUUCAAUAAGCAGAGGAAUUUGAAAAUUCAGAAUCAAAAAAUAAAUAUAGCGAAAUAUUUAUUCGUGGAAAUAAUGUUUUAUAUUUAUAACAAAAAAAGAAUAAAAAAUGA